AUCACACUCAUGGCGACCACGGGCAGCACAGAAGAGAGGCACAGGAUGUGUCAUACGGUCUUGCAGGACUAUCAUGAUUUCCCAGAGCGAGAAGAUCCAACUACGUGGAGCUGCUUCGAGACUCUCCUCAGAGCAUUACUGGGUCUUCUCGGCACGGAUUAUAACGUCCUACCUAAGACCACAGGGCCCAUUAUUGCGAGGCCAGCGUCGGCUGCCGUGUACGUACGCAACGUGUUGCAGGACUUGAAAUCCCAGCGCUCUCUCUGGUCUUUGUAGGGCACUAUAGCUCAUGUCGUGAAAGCUUUAGGAGAGUGUGGGCAAAUUUGAGGCAUUUGAGACAUUAUAUUGUCAGUGUUGCGGCCUAUACUUGAAUCGUGAAACUGCCCUUCUGAUAGACCGGAUACAAGAAAUAAAGCUUCAUAGUCAUUUUUUCGAC